UUAUUUCUAUCCUUGGUUUAGGAGGGUUGGGAAAGACAACUCUUGCUAAAUUAGUGUAUAAUGAUAGCAUGGUAGAGGAGAAUUUUGAGAUGAAAAUGUGGAUAUGUGUCUCAGAAAACUUUGAUAUCCGAACAUUAAUUCGUGGCAUUAUCAAUGCUGCAAUUAAACAAAAAUGUGAGGAUGAAAGUUUGGACCUUAUGAAAAAAAGAUUGCAAGAUACUUUGCGAGGUAGAAAGUUUUUGUUAGUGUUGGAUGAUGUUUGGGAUACGGAGUUAAUUGGAGUAACGAUAGAAAAAUGGAUUGAUUUAAAAAAUCUGUUAAAUGUGGGAGCUAAUGGAAGUAGAAUCAUCAUAACAACACGAAAUAGUUCAGUUGCUUUACUUGUGAAUCCCGCAUACAUGCACCCCUUAGAAGGUCUUUCCCACAAAGAAUGCAUGUCCUUGUUCAUUAAAAGGGUAUUUAAGAAAGGAGAGGAGCAACGCUAUCAACAUUUGAUAGAAAUUGGAGAGGAUAUUGUGAAGAAGUGUGGAGGAGUUCCUUUAGCAGUAGCUACUGUAGGGAGCAUGCUCUAUUUGAAAACAGAGCAACACCAUUGGUUGCGUGUUAGAGAUGAUGACAUGUGGAGCAUAAGGAAUGACAAUAUUCUACCUGCAAUCAAAUUGAGCUAUGACGCAUUGCCACAACACUUGAAACCGUGUUUUGCAUUUUGUUCACUUUUUCCAAAGGAUUAUUUAUUCCAGGGUCACCUUUUGGUUCCACUGUGGACAGCACAAGGCUACCUCAAGACAUCUGAGAAAAAUGAAGAUUUUGAACAUAUGGGUAUAGACUAUAUAAGGCAGUUUUGCUCUAGAUCUUUGUUUCAAGUGGAGAUGGAUCUCAAAACAACCAUAAGUUUUAAAAUACAUGAUCUAGUUCAUGAUUUAGCAAUUUCAGUGGCACAAGUAGAGUACUCCACAAUCAAUUUCCGUCCCUCUAGUGCUUUGAAAAUGGUUCGACAUGUGUCAAUAUCAGAAAAAGAAUUACUUGGAGAAGAGGCACAAGUUCCCGCUUUCAUGCUCAAGUCAAAGAAAUUACGAACCAUUCUAAUUCCUGAAGAUGGCCAGAUGAAUCAACGUUUUGUGAAGACAGGCAUCUCAAGAUUCAAAUAUAUGCGGGUGCUAGAUCUCAGUGGUUCGCCUCUUGAGGAGCUACCCAGUUCCAUUGGUAGUUUGUUUCAUUUGAGAUUUCUCAACUUGUCUUCUAAUAGUAAGAUAAAGAGGCUUCCCAAUUCCAUCAGUAAGCUGCUGAAUUUGGAGACCUUGUCCUUUUGGGGUUGUGAAGCACUUGAGGAGAUACCCAAAGACAUAGGAAACCUGAUCAACCUCCGAAGCUUUGUGAUAACUACACAACAAAUGUCUUUGCCGAAAGGAAUUAGACGCCUCACCUUACUUCAAUUUUUAUAUUUUCAUGGAUGUGUCAAUCUUAAAUCUUUGGGCGAAGAGAUCGAAUUCCUCAACAACCUUCGCAAUUUGUGGAUUAGCAGUUGUAAUAAUUUGGAAUCCUUGCCACCAAAUAUGAAACGCAUGAUUGCUUUAGAUACUUUGACUGUCGAUGAUUGCGAGGAGCUUCAGUUGAUGAUGAGAUCAGGGGAAGGUCCUCAAGGUCUUCGAUCAUUGAUUAUCAUGAAAUCAAGUUUGGAGGCUUUGCCCCCUUGGCUUGAAGAUUCUGCAGACACUCUACAGAGCAUAGCAGUUUCUGAAUGCCAUAAUCUCACGGCACUUCCGGAGUUGAUAAACUUCAAAUUCCUCGAGCAACUACGCAUUGAAGAAUGCUCCAAAUUGUCGGCUUUGCCGCAAGGGUUGCAGAGCCUUACUGAGUUGAGAGAAUUGAACAUUAAAGGGUGUACUGAAUUGAGCAAAAUCUGCAAGAGGCAAUUAAAAGGUGAGAAUUGGUUGUCAAAGAUGGCACGUCAAGCAAAGAUUACACUCGACUCUGAUGUGGAUACUGAUGAUGAAGAAGACGAAGAUGAAGUUACACCAAUGAUGGACUGAAGAUGAAGAAGAUGAAGGCACACCAAUGAUGAAGAAGAUGAAGCUGAAGGUCAAGAAGGAGCUUUCAAUGACAAUACCAAAUCAACUGAUACUUAGGCUUUCCAGCAAAAGCAUGCGUGCCGCCAUUGGAGGUGAUUCAAAAUGAAGAAGUCCUGCACUGCUGUAUUGUUUAUUUGUUUUACGCUAGGAUCAUGUUCCAGCUUGGAAUUAGAGAGAUGUUGAUGAACUCAAAGUGAUGUGCGAUAAAACAAUGAGAUUGUUCAAGUAGCUCCGUUUGUGAUAGUUGUUUGAUUUUAUUGUAUGAUAAGGCAUAAGCUAGAAUGUUUCAAAUACUUGAGAAAUGUAUUGUGAUAGUUGUCUGAUUUUACUAUAUGAUAAGGCAUAAGGUAGAAUGUUUCAC